GACAUGAAAUGUCAAUAUGGCUGGUUCCAGCUCAGUGGGAGCAGGGGGAUCUAGUCUUAGUAUGGAACAGCUCCGUUCACUCACAGACCUACAGGAGUUAGAAGAGGCGUAUGAGAAGCUAUGCGCCGAGGAGAAAGAGGUGGAAGCAGAGCUUCAGGUACUGCUUGGCCAACAAAGUACAGUAGAAAACAAGAUGCAGGCCCUUCAACGUAUGGGCCCAAACUUGCAACUGAUUGAAGGCGAUGCACAACAGCUGUCAGGAAUGAUAACAUUUACCUGUAAUUUGGCAGAGAAUGUGAGCAGCAAAGUGAGGCAACUGGACCUUGCCAAGAGUCGGCUUUAUCAGGCCAUCCAGAGAGCAGAUGACAUUCUGGAUCUUAAGUUUUGCAUGGAUGGUGUACAGACCUCUCUGAAGAAUGAAGAAUAUGAACAGGCAGCAGCACAUAUACACCGAUACCUGUGUUUGGAUAAAUCUGUGAUAGAGCUCAGCAGGCAGGGGAAGGAAGGUUCUAUGAUUGAUGCCAACCUACAUCUCCUUCAGGAAGCAGAAAAGCAUCUGAAAGUCCUGGUGAGCGAAAAGUUUGAGGUGGCAACGAAAGCUGGUGACCUACCUCAAGUAGAGCGGUUUUUCAAGAUUUUUCCUCUGCUUGGUCUUCACGAGGAGGGAAUUAGCAAAUUCUCAGAGUACCUCUGCAAACAGGUAGCUAUGAAAGCUGAGGAGAAUCUGCAACUUGCUCUGGGGUCAGAAAGUACUGAGCGUCGAGCAGCACUCCUCUUCGCUGACACUCUUACACUUUUGUUUGAAGGCAUUGCCAGGAUAGUUGAAACUCACCAACCAAUUCUGGAGACCUAUUAUGGCCCGGGGAGACUAUACAUGCUUAUUAAACACCUGCAGGCAGAAUGUGACCGGCAGGCUGAGAAGGUGGUGGACAAGUUUAUACAGCAGAGAGACUAUCAUAGGAAGUUCCAACAGGUUCAGAACUGCAUGAUCCGAGCUUCCUCUUCUGAAAAGAUAGAGCCCAGGGACCUGGACCCAAUCCUGGCCGAGGUGGCGUUGAUUAGUGCCCGCACAGAAUUGUACUUGCGCUUCAUUAAACGUCGUGUUACUUCCGAUUUUGAGGUUGGGGACUCCAUGGCUUCUGAGGAGGUGAAGCAAGAACAUCAGCAAAGUCUGGACAAACUGCUGAAGCUUUGUCUGCUUAGCCGAUCUGUACAGGAACUCAUUGGAUACUACAUCACAAUGGAAGAGUUCUACAUGAGAGAAUCUGUCAAUAAGGCAGUAGCCAUGGACACCUUUGAGAGAGGCCAGCUUACCUCCAGCAUGGUGGAUGAUGUAUUUUACAUAGUGAAGAAGUGUAUUGGUCGUGCGCUGUCCAGCUCCAGCAUUGACUGUUUGUGUGCCAUGAUAAACCUCUCCACGACUAUGCUGGAGUCUGACUUCAGGGAGGUUCUGUGUAAUAAGCUGCGGAUGGGCUUCCCAGCUACAACAUUCCAGGAUAUCCAGAGAGGAGUGACAAGUGCGGUCAACCUGAUGCAGAGCAGUUUGCAGCAGGGCAAGUUUGAUACCAAAGGCAUUGAAAGCAAUGAUGAGGCCAAGACAUCAUUCCUUGUUUCACUGAACAAUGUGGAGGUUUGCAGUGAGAAUAUAAUGACCCUGAAGAAAAAUCUUGAGAAUGACUGUAGCAAAUUAUUCAACCAAGGCCUUGGUGGUGAUCACGCUAAAGCAAAGAUUGAUAGCUGCCUGACAGACAUGGCAUCAGUGUCCAAUAAGUUUAGAGACCUUCUGCAGGAAGGUCUUGGGGAGCUUAACAGUACGGCUGUAAAACCACAGGUCAAGCCCUGGAUAAACCUUUUCUUGUCUAUCUCACACAAUAUUGAGGAGGAGGAGUUUAAUGACUAUGAGGCAAACGACCCCUGGGUGCAACAGUUUAUAGUGAACCUGGAGCAGCUAAUGGCAGAAUUCAAGACUGGACUGUCCCCAGUUAUCUAUGAAAAUCUUACCAGCUUAUUGACCAGUCUGAUCGCUAUAGAGUUGGAGAAAGUGAUUUUAAAGUCAACUUUCAGCAGGCUUGGUGGACUGCAGUUUGACAAGGAGCUGCGAUCUCUUAUUGCUUAUCUCACCACGGUGACCACCUGGACUAUAAGGGACAAAUUUGCACGACUCUCACAAAUGGGAACAAUUCUCAACCUGGAGAGGGUCACAGAAAUCCUGGAUUAUUGGGGAUCUAAUUCCGGGCCCUUGACCUGGAGACUCAAACCUGCAGAAGUCAGGCAGGUAUUAGCCCUACGAAUUGACUUCCGCAGUGAAGACAUCAAACGCCUAAGGUUGUAGAUUGACAAGUGAAUCUCUUGGAUACAAUCUUUUUCCUGAAAUGCUUAACGGUUUAUCAGUUUCUGGCUAGACAAGGUCAGAUAAAAUAUAAACAAUAUUACCUGGGAGUAAUUAGUCGGAUGUCAAGAAUAAGUAAGAAAACAGGGUGGAACAUUUUCUGUGUUGGGUUUUAUCUUGUGGCAGCUGUGAAAAAAGUCUUGACUCUGUGUCAAGUUUUAUGUUUGUAAAUAAAACAGAAAUUUUGUAAUUUAUGUGAAAAAUAAUGUAUAAAUGUAGACCUAUAUUGAUAUUAUGUUUAAAAAUGCUGUUACUCAAUAAGUGAAACAACUCCAGGAAAGCACUCACCUUUUGUAACACUAUAAGAAUGGAGUUAAAAUCUUCUGAAAAAUCAAUGAUGGAAAAUAAAUAAUUAUAUAAUAAUUAUAUAAAUCAGUUCACUACUUGUU